GGGGAGGGGAAAAGGUGGGGGGGCUAAGGGAGGCAGAGAGAAAGGCAGCUUCGCCAGCCGUUACGUUGCCCUCCUGUGUUUGCAAUGGAUCGGUGUGACCAUCGGGGAGGGAGAGGCGAUCCAGCGAGCGGCCACACCAGCAUACAUUAAAAGGAGCGACCAACCUGCCCCCCUCUCCAAGGUCUUGGAUACGGAGGAGGAACAACUGCGAGGGAACUAACUGCCGCUGUGUCUGAAGAAUGGGCCUUCACACUCCAGCUUGAGCGCAAAGCAGUCAACAAGCAGGAAGCGGGCAUCGUUCCAAGUAGAUUCCUAAGGGGUGCCAGCCAGCCAGUGCUAAUUGAAGGUUGCUAUGGUUCCCCUACUCUCGGUCUGAAAAGGCAAUGAAAGAAUCUCCCUCUCUUGGUAACAAGUAGCUUUCCUGGACUCACUGGAGAAUGAGAUGGUGGUGCUGCCCCUGUGAAUUAUCCCGUUCUGCAAGGGCAACACAGACUACUGUAUAAGGAGGAGGCAGUUGGAAGGCAGGGCCACCUCCUGGACUGGAUGUAAGAAGUCGGGCAGACAGGUGGAGGCUGAGUUCAGACUGAGGUUAGUGGGGCAGCACCCCACUCGUCCUACCAGACCAGCCUCCCGUGUUUCCAAGAAUAAUUCAGAGCGUUAAAAGGCUGCAGUUUUAUCGCUGACAUGAAUCGGGGGAAAAGGCAAUACUAAUAAUUGAAUUGGUGGUGCUUUCUGCUCUUGUGGAUUUGAGUCAAACAUGUUUCUGAGGCUUCGGACGCCGUACUGAAGGGCCUUCUCUCGGACUUCCUCCUGUGGUAGAUUCACCCUGGUCCGAAAUUCUCCAGGCGUAUUCAGCAGCGUUGCAUUUUGGUAUCGCCAAUGUCCCGCCAUUUUGUUGUGGAUUACUGGCUAGCGGUGCUGGAAGAUGUCGACGUAGCUUCUUGACGACAAAUCUGGAAGGCAGAUUGCGUGCCUCCUCACCUUUUCUUCCUCCUGGCCUGGGGAUUUAUACGUUUAUUCUCUUUCCUUCCUUUCUACCUCAAAAGCUGGUUUGAAGAAAAAAAAGUCUAAACAUUUUCCAAAAGCAGUUAUCAAAAAUGACAAGUCUGUUCCGGCGGAGCAGCAGCAAUGGCAGCUCAAGGAACGGCUCCUCUGCCCAGGAACUCAACAACAGCCGCCCCGCGAGGCAAGUCCGGCGGCUGGAAUUCAACCAGGCCAUGGAAGAUUUCAAGACUAUGUUCCCCAACAUGGAUUAUGACAUCAUUGAAUGUGUCUUGAGGGCGAACAAUGGCGCAGUGGAUGCCACCAUUGACCAGCUAUUGCAGAUGAACUUAGACGGCAGCGGGUAUGAUGACAGCUCGGAUUCAGAUGACAGUAUUCCUCCUGAGAUCUUGGAACGGACUCUAGAACCUGACAGUUCAGAUGAAGAGCCGCCUCCGGUUUACUCUCCCCCCUCCUACGACAUGCACGUGUUUGACAGACAGUACCCACAGGCUCCCCCGACACCACCCCCCAGGAAUGAUAUCCAGAAUUCCAGUGGCCCCCAAGCGCAAAGGCGGUACCGGAACUGGAAUCCACCGUUGCUAGGCAACCUUCCUGAUGACUUCCUUCGCAUCUUACCCCAGCAAAUGGAAAAGGUGCAGAGUCCGCAAAGCUGCCACCAAAAAACAGCAAGCCCAGGAAGCCAGAGGGCCCACGGCUCAUUGGACCAGGAGAGGAAGUGGAAGCAGUAUCUAGAAGAUGAGCGGAUUGCGCUCGUCCUGCAGAAUGAGGAGUUUAUGAAGGAGCUGCAGAGGAACCGGGAUUUCCUCCUGGCCCUUGAGAGAGAUCGAUUGAAGUAUGAGUCGAAGAAAUCCAAGAUGAGCAGCGUUGCCCUCACUAAUGAUGUUGCUUUCACCUCUGUAAUAUCAGACGAUGUAGCUCGCUCCAGUGGUGCCGUCUCCGAUGAUGCCUUAUUCAGGGACAAAUUAAAACACAUGGGGAAAUCUACACGCAAGAAGCUCUUUGAACUUGCCAGGGCUUUCUCAGAGAAGACCAAAAUGAGGAAAUCGAAAAGAAAACAGUUGUUGAAGCAUCAAGUGAUGGGAACAGCAGCUUCGACAGCUAAUCUUCUUGAUGACGUUGAAGGACAUUCAUGCGAUGAAGAAGGCCAAGCAAGAAGACGACAGCUACACACAGAAGAUGAAACAUCAAAAGAAGCACAAUCCUGAGCUGGCCAAUAUAUAUAUUUUUAAAGAAAAGGUGAAUAAUGGGAGAAUUAGAAGAUGUCAGAGAAGUACGAUGGGGUCAGGUGCUUUUGUCCUCCCCUGGAGCUGUCAGAUGCUUCCCGAAGCCCAAGCUUUUUAUAAUGCCAGGCACAUGGUUGGUCCUUUCUUAGCAGCUGGGUUCGAAAACAGUUACCGGUUGGUUUUUCCUCCUCCUCCAAUCUGAAGAAUCACCAGCCCAAAAGGAGGAAAGAAACAGAGAUCUGAUUUUACAGCUGACCUGAUUUUUUUUUUCUACGUCAAAUCUUUGCAAACCGCAGAAUGAAUUUUUGAGAUCUUAAGGAUGGGUCAAGGACCUUUCUUUCUUUGUUAUACUGUAGGGUUCAGACGUCUGAACGAAGGGCGGGGGAAGAUGCCGUUCAAAUAUGGAUUCUGGCCUGGUGUUUUUAAACCAUAUCUCUUUAACUAACAGGUGACCUUUCUGCAGCCACAGGAUGGCCUCAGAAUUUCAUUGUAUCAUUGAUGAUUAUCAUUACAUAAUUAUUGCUGCUAACAGAAAAUAAGCCCAAAUCAAGAGAUUGGAUGGUCAGGAUGUUAUAAACUUCUCUCCACGUAAAAAAAGAGAGAGAGUUUCUGCUGAUUCCAACUAACAACCAGAAAUGCCUCACAGUGGAUUAAUCCCCUGCCCUUGGUACCUGUUUAUUAUUAUUUUUAAAGUGGGCCUCGGAAUCGCCGUCGCUCCAGCUAGAAACCACUUUCAUCCCGUUGCUUCAGCGUGGCCCCUCUCCUAACUAUGUGUUCCUUGUAUUGCUGAAAAUUAUGAUUGGAAAAUAGGAUUGAUGUAAAGGGUUGUAUUCUGUAUGUGUUUCUGUGAAUAAGGCAUUCUUCAUGUGAUGGUUGUGAAAGCCAUGUGGUUUUUGUCCCAUGUUGCUCAGGUGAUGCUUUGAAAGCCUGGAGCCAGUCGAUAAAUUAAGUAGGAAGGAAGCACACAGUUGUCCUCGCACACUUAGGGACAUGCUUUUGAAUGCUACCUUGGUGCUUUAUGACAAGGCCAUGUGUGAGGGGACUCUUCACAAGAGGGUCCUGCUGGGACAGAAGUCUUUGGUUCCUCUGAUACAGCGUCUGGCUGGCGUCCCCUGGAACUGGGGAUGGGGGCCGAAGACAGAGAGGGCAGACUGAAGUUAGUGGGGGCAGUGCCUCGUUUGCCCUAAUGGCAAAUGACCCUUUGUCAGGCCCACCAUGCCUGAUGCUUGUGACUGCCAAGGUUUGAUCUGAAACAGACACUUGCCCAUUCAGAAGUGACACUGACCAUAGAGAUCUGAGUUGUUUUGGUGGUUUUUUAGUACCCACCCGAAGCGGUGCCAGCAGCAGAACCUGUGCCUGUUGCUUUAAAUCACAGGCGGAGAAUGCCCAGCCAGGCUCUAACAAGAGGGGGGGAGUGGGGGGGGGGACAACAACAACCCAAACCCUCAAAACCCUGAAUGAAGGUUUGUAUGUUCUCCAGCACAGAAGUGACAUCAGUGCAACUUAGACAAAAGUUCAGCCUCUUGGACUCUCUCCGCAGGGCUGUUUUGUACGGGAUCCAAGUUUCCAGGGAGAGUUGGGAGACAGCAGUAUUGCUUAAAAAGAUCCCCAAACUUGAGGGGCUGCCAGGCAGAAACGGUUCCCUUUUGGGGAGGGGAACUGGGGUAAGCAGAGAGAAAGAGAGAGAGAGAGAUCCUCACGAUAAGACAACCCCCCUCACCCAAAGCCGUCUUUGAGGCUAAGCAUCCACUAGUUGCCAAGGAGAAACCUGGAGGGUGGCCACUGGAAAUAAACAGCCAGAGAAGUAGAAAAGCCUUCCAGCCUCUCUCCCUCUCCCCCCCUUCCCCGUGGGUUCCUAGCUGAAUAAGCCACCGGCUGUUCCUCUUUUGACAUCUAUAGCUGGACUUUCUCUCUCUCCCUCUCUCUAUCUGAAUGCUUGGAAAGGACUCAAGUUCUGGAAUCGGAUCUGCUAGUUUGAAGGCUCCAUUGCUUCGUGGCUUAACUUUUUAAACUUUCCAUUUUAUUUUUAUGACGCAGACAGAAGCCAGGGAAAAAAUCUUUCUGCAUGGCAAUGGAGGCUGCUCCAACCUCUGUCUGUCUUCAGCCAGCCCCCCCCCAACCUGCCUGUUUACUUAAGAAUAACCUGUAUGGGGCAGGGAGGGGUUGGCCUGCCAGUAGCAUUACCCCCUUACAGAACAGCAGGGAGGAGAGAACGAGAGCAAGACCAGAAUUAGCUGGCUCUGCCUGUCAUUGGCUCUGGCGCCCUCUACUGCUGGGCUCCCUGCCUUCCACCCCACCACGAAGGCAGCUUUGCGGGAAGUGUGACGGGGAAGAGGACAUGUCAAUGGUACUUGCCCUUCCUCAGGACACGCUGCCUGUUGUGUUUUUAUCCCUCUAGCCUCCAACGGUGUAAAAAGCCAUGCAGACAGCUUUCCCCAAGAGGUGGGGAAAUGGCCCCACCUGUUUUGGGCGAAAUGACUAUACGGGAUUCAUGGAGUUGCUGUAUUUUCUCCCUGCCAGACUUCCUGUGCCUUUUAACGCUCUAGCUGGCAGCUAGGUGAGGAAGGGGCAUAGCUCAGUAGCAGAGCACCUCCAGGCAGAAGGACCCAGGUUCAGUCCCUGGCAUUUCCAGGCAGGGCUGGGAAUAUCCCUUGUUUGAAACCUGGAAAUCCUGGAGCGAGACAAUCCUGAGCUACAUGGACCAACAGUCUGACCUGAUAUGAAGCAGCUUUCUAUGGCCCUAAGGUUGCAGGUGGAAAGGAGGAAUGGGCCAGGGUCCUGUUGUAUUACUACUCCAAAAUGGGCUGUUGCAAAGUUUCACAGCCAAAGUUCCCAACAAAUGUCCUUGACUCUGGGUUGGCAGUUUUUAAUUUUUGCAGGGUGGAUGGGUGGGAAGGGAUACUUCUCAGGCAGGAGGGUGGUUUUUGCCUCGGGGGUUUCUGGCUGCUGUUCCUUACCGACUUCUGCCAGGAGGUUGUUCUUCCAGCUCUUGCUCCUUAGCAAGCUUUGCUUCUCCAUCCUGCCCUCGUUGGCUUGACCAGGACUCCUUUCUCGGAGCCACGGCUCAAUUGGUUCCUUCUGCCAUUGCAAAUUCUUUGCUUCCCUGUUGUCCUGCUUUAUUUUAUUUUUUACAUUUAAAACCUCAGGUCAAUGUGGUCGCUCCUCUCUGCCUGGCCCUUGAGACUUUUCCCCAGGCAACACCCCCUCACCAGCCUUCCUUCACACCCUACUUGGGUGUGUUUGCUUGGCUGGAACAUGUCUUGCUUGCCUGGAUGGAAGAGGGAGAGGAGGGGUGAGUAGAAAUCUCCUGUAUGAAGGUAAAAUCUAUACUCAUUGCUCCACCUGCUUUUGCCCCUGGUCCCUGCCCACCACUGGCACGUGGCCCCUGGAAGGUUGCCAAUGAGGACAUGCGGCUCUUGGGUUGAAAAAGGUUCCUUGCUUCUGUUUUAAAACAAGUGCUGGCUGCCCCUUCUUGUGGUUGAUUGUUUCAGCAUACAAAUGAGAAUCUUGGGUACAUUUGUUCAGCUCCCAUGAAGUCCUGCAAUCCUUGUGAGUCUACACAGAUGAAGCCUAGGCUGUUUCAAGCAGGUGCAGGGAACCUGUGCCUUCCAUAUGCUGCUGAACUGCAACUCCUAUCACCCCUGGCCAUUGCCCAUGUUUCUGGGGCUGGUGGGAGUUGUGGUUCAGCAACAACUGGAGGGCCAAAGGUUCCCCAUGCCCAGCUUAGCACACCCACUCCAGAUGACCCGUUUAUUGAGCAUUCAUACUGAUUUGCUUGCAAUAAAGCUUAUGCAGAGGUUAGACUACACUUAGCCUUUACUGAACACCCAUUCUCAUUUGUUUGUUUAUGACAAGCAUUUGUCUCAAUUUGCUCGCGCAGCGUGUUUAACAUCUUCCCCGCUAAGCAUCUGUUUGUCCCACCGUUUCCCCAUCACAACCUUAACCGCAAAAAAAGUCUGAUCUUUCAAAAAGUGGGUUUGUUGCGCUCGAGCAAACAGAGCGCUCUGAUCCACUGCAGUUGCAUAACUCUACGCUUCUGGUACAAGCUUGAAUACAUUCCUGCAGAAUAUUGGCGGUCUGGAUGCAACUGUGGCCCUGUGCAGGUGAGAAGAGGAGGUGGGGCCAGGAAUGUGGGUGGGAGAAGCGUAGUUGAGUCCUCCUUGGUAGCUGGGAUAGGUCUCUUAAAGAGAGGGUGGUUUCCUGGAUUGGCCGGGCAAGAGCAAUAAGGGAUUUGCUCCUUCCAUAUUUUCUGGGAGUUUCAUGGAUGGAAGGGAGCACCUGUUUCCAACAGAGGCUCCCAUAUAAAUAACAGCACGCACACACCCCAAUGCCCGGUGAAUCGGGAUUAGAACCCGGGUCCUCCACUUCUUCAGGUAGCAACUCUGACAUCCUUUUAAGCCUCGCACACUGAAGAAUGUAGGCUACAUGAGAUACAGAAGUUUGGGAAGGGCUGUAGCUCAGUGAUGGAACACUUGCCUUGCAUGCAGAAGGUCCCAUGUUCAAUCCCUGACAUCUCCAGGUAAGGCUGAGGACUUCCAACACAAAACCCUGCAGAAGCUGCUGCCAGUUAGUGUAGCCAAUACUAAGCCAGGUGGACUGAGGAUGGAUUCCGUGCAAGAAAGUUCCCUAUGUCGUUACUAGGUUUGGAAAGCAAUUGGGGAAUGGCCAAAACAGAAUGGUUUUGUAUUUGUGCAGGUGGGUUGAAACUUUUCAGACAUUUCCUUUAGCAGCCUCUGGACAUUUGGACCAACUGAGCCCAUGGGGCAUAGAGCCCAGGGGAAUGAGGGCGAGGAUGUCAUUUUUAAAGAAUCUAAUGUAAAUGCAUUUUAGAGGCCGCCAAGUUGGGCUCCUAAACGAAGCUGUAUUUCUCUGACCACCAAACAAUGUCCUGUCCUUGGUAAUGUUUGUAUUCCUUUCUUUAAAAAAAAGGGGGGGUAUGUUUUUGGUUUUUUUAAAGGAGACAAACCAACAAAAAGAAGAAGAGACUUCUGUGACAUUUGUGAGUGUUGCUAUUUUAGAAUUUAUUUCCAUACAUGAUUCUUUUUCUCUCUUAAAGAUGUUUAAUAGUAAUUCAUAUAAUAAAGUCAUGUUGUACUCUCGUAA